AAAAAAAAUGUUAAGCCAGAUGUCACUGUCAUUGUCAUCUGCUAUCAAUUCAUUUGUGACUGUCAACUUUUCCAAUCUAUUGUUGAUUUGUUGAACACAAGUUUGUUAUUGCAUUUUAUUCUGCUCAUUUUUUUGUAAACAUUAUUCUAAAUUUGUAAUUAUUCUUUGUUUUAGCUUAAAAACGUGGUUUAAUGAUACUAUUAAAAUUGAUUAGCUAAUGUCUAAACAAAUUGAAAUUGCUAACAGAAAGUAAACAAAGUGCAGUUUUGGUGUACAACUUAGAAUUUAUAUCAUUUAAGUUUUAAUGUGAAACAUGUCUAAUUUUUGCUUAAAAGACACAGAGGGAUUCUACUUGGCCCUCUCUGAUCAGCCGAAAAGAUUUGAUGCUGACAGUCCUGUGACAAAUGUGUUUUUUGACGAUACUAAUGGACAGGUAUUUACAGUUAGAUCUGGGGGUGUGACAGGGGUCACAGUCAAUGGAAUGGAUGAAUCCAAGUGUACAUCCUUCAGGAUGGAGGACCGAGGCCCAAUAAUAUCAAUAAAAUUCUCGCCCGAUCACAAAAUACUGGCCAUCCAACGUAACCAUGACAAUCAGAAUGCAGUCGUGGAGUUCGUGAACUUUCUAGACUUAGCGCCGACAAAUGUGGAGUACUCCCAUACGUGUAAAUGGAAGAAUGCUAAGAUAUUAGGAUUUGUGUGGCCUAAAAUAAAUGAGAUAGCGUUCAUUACGGAUCACGGUAUUGAAUUGUUGCAAGUGUUUCCUGAGAAGAAGCAGUUGAAAAAUUUGAAAAGUACAUCAUUUAGCGGUGCCUGGUUUUCGUGGUGUUCACAAAGUAACAUGGUGCUGCUGGCUGGCAACAAUGGUGCAUUACUACAGCCAUUCCUGUUGAAUAACUCCACCAUCACUAAAUUACAGAAACUUGAAUUAGAAACAUCCAAACCAGUGGUGGAGCGAGAUGUGUGCGUCUUGCGACUGUGUGAUGCAACGUGGUGUGCUAUAUUCCGCCACAGUACAUCUGCUGUCUCGUCGCCGGGUCCUACCGAGGUGUGGCUGAUGCCGUUGACCGGCCCCAAUGGAUACCACCACACGCAUAUCCUGAAAACGGGACUAGUGGGCAGGUUCGCGGUGCACGUAGUGGAUGAUCUUAUUGUAGUUCACCACCAGUCAAGCCAGACUUCUCAGCUGUUUGAUAUAAUGGAGGAGUCAAAGGUGGAAAAUAAUGCAGCAAUACAUAUACCGAUUGUGCCUGGUAACACCAUGAAGCCGGCGAGAUUCGGGGACCAGCUCUGUCCUAUGUAUUCAGGUAAUUGGGUGGUGUUCCAACCGGACUAUAUAAUCGACGCCCGGCUCGGCUGUUUGUGGCGCGUUCGGCUUCUACCUUCGGGUUUAGCGCAUUCGGUGGUUAAAGACGAAAUCCCCAAGAUAGUGGCUGUACUACUGAGGCGGACGGAUGGUAGAGACACCAUAUACAGGAUCCUGCAUCAACUGAUCACGCACGCUGAUAUUUAUCUCGUAGAACUUAAUAAGGCGUUUGAUGAAAUCCAUACUGUAUACAGGAAAUGGGCGGACUUGGAAGUAGCUCGGAACACAGCCGGACAGACUGCGGACAGCACGAGGACUCCGCACAAGUUUCCGGUACUCAUCACUCAGGUGGAAAUGUGCAGUUACGUGUUAGAAGCGCACAUGGAAGACAAGUAUAUCGUGCAGGCGGUGACGGCGUACGUGCGCUCGCUGGCGCGGCGCGCGCUGGGCGUGCAGGCGGCGGCGGGGGAGGCGGCGGUGCGCGCGCUGGUGCGGGGCGGGGCGCGCGGCCGGCUGCGGGCGCUGGCGGCGCGCGGCUGCCUGGGGGAGGCUCGCCCGCUGGCGUGUCAGCUGCUGUCGCUGGGUCGCCUGGACCCGGCCGCCGCGCAGCUCGCACUCGACAUGCUCGCCCGGCUGCGGGCCAAGGAGGAGAUAAUCGAAGUUUUGCUGAGUUGGGACGAGCCUAUCAGCGCCGUGGGGGUCGCCAAACAAGCUGGCAGCACCACGUGGCACACGAUGUCUCCGAGGAAGCUGCUGGCGGCCGCCCACCAGCACGCGGAGGAACACUCAGAGCCGACGGCAUUCCUCGCCGUCUACCACAUGCUGAUCAACAGGAACGAGAAGCUCAGAGGGUCGCCGCAUUUCUUGAGAGGUGAACAAUGCGACAGUUACGUGGAGUAUUACAAUCGCUUAAUGUCUGAACAAUGAACAUUGCAACCUGAAUACCUAUCAAUUUUCAUAUAAAUAUAAUACACUUUUAUUUGCAUUAUACAUUAAAGGAGAAUAGUUGCAUUUAAAUUAGGUUUGCCCAAAUUUGAAAAAAAAAUGAUUUUAAUUUGGAAUGACCAGGAGAAUUCAGUUAAAAAAAAAAGAAGUAAUGGAGUUGCAAUUGUUGAAUUAAUAUAAAUUAAAAAUAGGUAAAAUGAAAUUCAAAUAAAUAAAUAAUCAUAUUUUUUUAAUGAAAGUAAUUGAAUGAAAUUAAUUAUAAAAAUAUUUUAUAAUUUAAAAACCCAGGACGCUGCUUAAAAAUUAUUCAUUGGGAAAACAGGAUAGUUAUAACUCUAAAUCAAACAUUCAUCUGUAGAAAUACAAUAAGGCCGCCUUAUUGCCAAAGCCAAUUUAUAAGGCAACCUUAGGGUAAUGUAAAUAACUGUGUAAUUUAUAAAAGAUAUGCAAAUAAAGGAAUAUAUUAAAAUAAUAUUAAGUUAAUUGUUGUAAUUCGAUAUUUUAUUGUUCCUUGUAUUUUAAAUAGUUAUAUAUAACUUCUCAGUA